AUGGAAGGUUUGUCUGAAGAAGCAGAGAAGAACAAAACACCUGAAGGUGCUGAGAGCAAGUCUAAACGGAAAAUGAAAACAGCUGCUCAACUUGAAGUUCUUGAAAAUACUUACGCAGCUGAGCCUUAUCCUUCGGAAGCUAUAAGAGCGGAUCUCUCAGUCAAACUGAAUCUCUCCGACAGGCAGUUACAGAUGUGGUUUUGUCACCGGCGGCUUAAAGACCGGAAAUCCACAACAACUCCGAGCAAACGCCAGCGUAAGGAGCCUACAUCCACGGCGGUUGAAUCCCCGAAACCACCAGUCAAUGCCGGUGAUUUGUUGGCGGGAAAUGAGCAUAACAACUCGUUUGGCCACGAGCUUGAUAAUUCAAGAAGAACCGCUCGUGGAGGCGGCGGUGGUAGUGCUAGUGGCGGCGGGGGCGUAACGGUGGUUAGACGGUUUAACGAACCGUCUCCGGUUGAAGUUAGAGCCGUUGGUUAUGUGGAAGCUCAAUUGGGAGAGCGGUUAAGAGAUAACGGACCGAUUCUUGGAAUGGAGUUUGAUCCUUUACCUCCUGGUGCAUUUGGAAUGCCUAUAGAGACGCCAAGCCACCGCAAGGCGACUAGACAGGGUUUCGAGAGUUAUGUCCGCUCCGAAGCCAAGCCCGUUAAAGAUCCUGUGAGGACAAUCCGUGAAUAUCAGUUCCUUCCAGUUCCAGAGCAGCCAUCUUCGAGGACUGAUCAUUCCGAGAGAGUUUCUCCGCCGAUACAUUUCGGAGUUCCGAUCGAUGCUUCUUCGGUUGUGAGGGCUUCGUCAGUGUAUCGAGAUGAGUUUAAAGUUUCGCCGCAGAUACCGAAUUUGAAUCUUGCAGCUCAUCAGGGGAAGACGGGGCAUGUCUUCUCGCCUAGUUUGGUCGAGUAUGAGUCACCGUAUCAGAAGAACUACACUAUGGAUACUGCUGCGCCUGGAAGCUUGAACAGUCAACCGAUCCACGAGGUUCCUUUUGUGAAGUCCGAGAGAGAAGUUGGUAAUGAAGAUGAUGAUGAUGAUUAUGAUGAGGCUCUGCAGUUAGAGAGAAAACGAAAGAGUGAAGAAGCAAGAAUAUCUAGGGAAUUGGAAGCUCAUGAGAAGAGGAUCCGGAAAGAGCUUGAGAAACAAGAUCUUCUAAGGAGAAAGAGAGAGGAGCAGAUGAGGAAAGAAAUGGAGAGGCAAGACCGUGAAAGACGGAGAGAGGAAGAGCGGCUUUUACGUGAAAGGCAGAGGGAGGAAGAGAGGUACCUGAAAGAGCAGAUGCGAGAGAUGCAGCGAAGAGAGAAGUUCUUGCAGAAAGAAACUAUCAGGGCUGAGAAAGUUCGUCAAAAAGAAGAGAUGCGUAGGGAAAAAGAGGUUGCAAGGCUUAAAGCUGCUAAUGAGAGAGCCAUUGCUCGUAAGAUCGCUAAAGAAUCAAUGGAACUUAUUGAAGACGAACGCUUAGAACUCAUGGAGGCUGCUGCGUUAGCCAAAGGAUUACCUUCAAUGCUCGCUCUUGACUAUGAAACUCUACAGAACCUCGAUGCAUAUAGAGAUAAGCAGGCAAUAUUUCCCCCAACGGCUGUAAAAUUGAAAAAGCCUUUCUCUGUCAAACCAUGGAAUGGUUCUGAUGAGAAUAUUGCAAAUCUUCUUAUGGUGUGGAGAUUCUUAAUCACAUUUGCGGAUGUUCUUGGCCUUUGGCCAUUUACUCUGGAUGAGUUUACUCAAGCAUUCCAUGACCAUGAUCCACGGCUAAUGGGAGAGAUACACAUUGUUCUUUUAAAGACUAUAAUCAAAGACAUUGAAGGUGUUGCCAGAACAAUUUCCACCGGUUUUGGAGCAAACCAGAAUGCGUCUGCUAAUCCCGGAGGAGGUCAUCCUCAUGUCGUGGAGGGUGCCUAUGCGUGGGGUUUUGAUAUACGCAGCUGGAGAAGAAACUUGAAUGUUUUCACUUGGCCUGAGAUCUUGAGGCAACUCGCUCUCUCUACCGGGUUGGGACCGCAACUGAAGAAAACAAACGUUAAAACUGUGUCUGUUCACGAUGACAACGAGGCCAACAACUCUGAGAAUGUGAUAUUCAACUUAAGGAUUGGAGUAGCAGCUGAGAAUGCUUUUGCCAAGAUGCAAGAAAGAGGUCUCUCUAAUCCAAGACGUUCACGGCAUCGGUUGACUCCAGGAACUGUUAAAUUUGCUGCCUUUCAUGUUCUUUCGCUUGAAGGUGAAAAAGGUUUGACAAUUCUCGAUGUUGCAGAGAAGAUUCAGAAAUCAGGAUUGAGGGAUUUAACGACGAGCAGGACACCUGAAGCCUCGGUUGCUGCUGCGUUGUCUCGGGACACAAAGCUCUUCGAGAGAGUAGCUCCUUCCACGUACUGUGUGCGUGCUGCUUACAGAAAAGAUUCAGGCGAUGCCGAGACUAUAUUCGCUGAAGCGAGAGAGAGAAUACGAGCGUUCAAGAGCGGUGUUGCCGAUGUAGAAGAUGUCGAUGACGCCGAGAGAGAUGAAGACUCUGAGAGUGAUGUUGGAGACGAUCCAGAGGUUGAUUUGAGCCUUAAAAAGGAAGCUCCUGAUGCUCUGGAGAUAGAGAACUUAACCGGGGGCGUCGAACCGGUGUUGGAGAAUGGGAAAACCGAGCCGGGACUGCUGCCUCUUAAAGAUGAGAAAGUAGAUGACAUUUUACCUGAUCAAGCUCUAGUGGAUGGUGCUGUAGCAAACGAUGAAGAGAGUUCUUGUUUUGAGGAGAGCAAACUUGGAGAGCAGUGGGUACAAGGACUCGUGGAAGGAGACUACUCGAACCUGUGCAUCGAGGAACGUUUAAACGCGCUUGUUGCUCUGAUUGGUAUUGCCAUAGAAGGAAACACAAUCAGAAUUGCUCUUGAGGAACGUUUGGAAGUUGCGAGUGCGUUAAAGAAACAGAUGUGGGGUGAGGUACAACUCGACAAACGGUGGAAAGAAGAGUCGUUGCAACGAGCGAACUUUCUUUCAUACCCGACGGUAAAGCAACAAGAAAGUCCAUCAGCUGAUGCGACUCCGGUCUCUUCGCAAGACCCGUUGAGUCUUCCUCCACAGAUGGAUGUGAACAACUCGGUGGCAGGACCAAGCGAGAAUGUAUCCGGAGUGGAGAGUUUGCAGUAUCAGCAGCAGCAACAGGGUGGUUACACAGCGGACAGGGAGAGGCUCCGUGCGCAGCUAAAAGCGUACGUUGGAUAUAAAGCGGAAGAGCUGUAUGUGUAUAGGUCGCUUCCGUUGGGUCAAGAUCGGAGACGGAAUCGUUAUUGGCGGUUUGCGGCGUCCGCUUCUCGGAAUGAUCCUGGUUGUGGUAGAAUAUUCGUUGAGCUUCAGGAUGGAAGAUGGAGGCUCAUUGAUUCCGAAGAUGGUUUUGACUGUUUGGUCAAGUCGCUAGAUGUUCGAGGUGUAAGGGAGUCGCAUCUUCACUUCAUGUUGUUGAAGGUCGAAGCAUCUUUCAAGGAAGCAGUGAGGAGGAAUCUUGGUGGCCAAGACUUGGACCACUCCGAUGAUGAUGCAGAGAUCUCAACGGCGUUUAGAAUCGAGCUCGGGGAUGGUAACGCGGUUGAGAGAUGCGGAGUGUUGCAACGGUUCCAGAGCUUUGAGAAGUGGAUGUGGGAUCACAUGUUGCAUCCGGGGGCGCUAUCGGCGUUCAAGUACGGUGCCAAGAAAAGCAGCCCGGUGGUUCGGAUUUGCGGAGCUUGCGCGGAGUUAAACUCGGUGGAGGAUGUUUGUUGUCCUGGUUGUGGCCAGAUGCGUGGUGGUGGUGGUUCGGAUGUUGGUGAGGUGUGUUUUGCUGAGCAAGUGGCUCAGCUCGGUGAUGCUUCUAGAGGAGGAGGGUUUAUCUUGCGUGGCUCGUUCUCUUCUCCUCUUAGAAUAAGACUGCUCAAGAUUCAAUUAGCAUUCGUCGAAGCUUCGCUUCCACCUGAAGGACUUCAAGCUUUUUGGACUGAGGAUGUAAGAAAAUCUUGGGGUGUUAAGCUCUUGUCAUCGAACGCCGCCGAAGAACUUCAUCAGGUUCUCACAAUGUUAGAGGUGGCGGUGAAGAGAGAUUUCUUGUCUUCAAACUUCGAAACAACUUCGGAGCUCUUGGGUUUACCGGAAGAAGCUCUCGCUGGAGAGGUUAAUGUACUGCCUUGGAUACCGAAGACCACGGGAGGUGUAGCGUUGAGGCUCUUCGAAUUCGACAGCGCGAUUGUUUACACGCCUGAUCAGAACAACGAUCCUCAGAAGGACAAAGAAUCCGAAGAUUUCGUCGGCUUGGAGACGAAUUUUCUGAGAAAUGUGCAAGAAAAUGACGCAAUAGAGGCUACUCCGGUGCAAGUUGCUUACACGCAAGAAGAGAACUGGACGGAGCCUGGUUCAGCUGGUGUUUCAAGCUCUGGGCGAGGUGGUCGACCACCGCGAGGACGUGGCAGGCCUCGUUCCCGUGGCAAGAAACAGCCGACGUCGGCUUCGGCUUCUUCUGGUAGACCGCCGCGAGGCGCAGCGAACUCGAAUGGCGAGACGAUGUUGAGACCGAGAGCUCAACCGCGUGGGGGUAGAAAGAAUGGACGGCGAGGCCGGACGAGACCGACGCAAGGAACGCUCGGUAUAUCUAAUGAAGUAGUAGUAGGAGGAGGAAGAGGAGGAGGAGGUCGCCGGGGAAAGGGAGUUGUUGUAACGGCCAAAACCGCUCUUCCGUUGGAUAACGAAGACUGGAUCGGAACGCCUGAGAUGCAGGAGGAUGACGGUGAAGCUAGCAGCUCGGGAAGAUCGUAUCAGGAUUAUGAGGAUGUCAUGGCGCCGAUUGAUGAUUUUGACGGCGGCGAGUCGAGUAAAUUAGUAGGUAGGGGUGAAUUUAGCUUACAUAGUGAUGAUGAAUAUGUAGAAGAAGAAGAAGAAGACAUGAACAGGAAAAUGGAUGUGAAUGUUGAUGAUGGAGAUGAAGAUUACGUAAACGAGGAUUCUGAUGGUAGAGAGCAGCCGGAGAUUAGCAUCGGUGCAGCUCGGAAAAGGUUUCUUCCGUUUGAAGAUCCUGAUCUCACAUCUUCAUCUUCCUCUGAUUUUCAGUGA